CAGCCAUCUUGGGAGAAGAGGAGCUGAGGCCCAGGACACAGGCCAGUCUCGGCUGAAGAAAUGAUUUGGGGGCUGGGGAAGAGGCUGGGCCUCCUGACUGGUUAGAGGGGAGGUGGGAGCCUCAACACCACCCCCACCCUGACAGCUUUGGCUGCCCCCAGGCUCCGCCGUCCAGGCCUUCGCUCCUGCAUUCACCCCGCCUGCAGUUUCGUCCCUGAAAAGCCCCAACAACAACACCACCUUCCUCCGUGGACCCCUCCCCGGUGCCUUCAGAUCUGUGGAUCCUUGUGUCAUCGUCCUCAGGAUCUUGUGACAUACUCAAUUUUCAGCAGCGGGAAACUAAUCCUGAGGCUUUCUUCAAAAUGGGGGCAACCCAGGACUCUAAUCUUAGAAUGUCAGGGUCCCCCGCCCCUCCCGCCACUUCCUGUGUAAGCGUAGGGACCAAGGAAUAUUUGCGGAGUGAAUGAAUGAUGAAAAGUCGAAGCCUGCAUUCCUGAUGGAGGGAUGCAGUCCCAGGACAACAGGGCGAGUCUGGCUAGAACCUGGGCCCCCAGGGGAGAGUGGGGAGAAGGGGAGCUCCCGCGUCCGGAGCUGCAUCGCUGGCGGCUAUGCCACAUGGGAAGACACCCGGGCCUGGCGCUCCGCCACCUCACGGUGAUGCAGCAAGAAAAAAGCAAGGAGACCAGCUCCGCGCGGCGGGGAUGUGACCCCACCUCCUCCCAGAGCGCGCGCGGCUCGGGCUGGCUCGGGCUGUGAGUGGCGAGAACGGCAGCCAAUAGCAGGAGGCGGGGGCGGUGCCGCGGGGUGCCCAGUUCAGGUCGCUGUGGGCUGCAAGGGCUCCGCGCCCGCUGGGGGGCUUCUCUUAAAGGGGCCGUUGUCAGGCGGAGGGAAGGCGGCAAGCGCUGGGGGCUGGAACGCCAAGCGACCAGGAAUCCUGCGCAAUGGGAGAGAAGAACGAGGUUCAGAGAGGGACAGGGAGUUGCCCGCAGCCACACAGCACGUCCCCGGCCUGACCUCUCCGUCCUGUUUUCUGUUUAUUUCCACGAUGGCGUUCUGGACGCAGCUGAUGCUGCUGCUUUGGAAGAAUUUCCUUUAUCGGAGGAGGCAGCCGGUCCAGCUCCUGGUGGAAUUGUUAUGGCCUCUCUUUCUCUUCUUUAUCCUGGUGGCCGUCCGCCAUUCCCACCCCCCACUGGAGCAGCAUGAAUCAGGCCACUUCCCCAACAAGCCGCUGCCCUCGGCGGGCACCGUGUCCUGGCUCCAGGGUCUCAUCUGCAACGUGAACAACACCUGCUUCCCACAGCACACCCCGGGCGAGGAGCCUGGCGUUCUCAGCAACUUUAACGACUCCCUGGUCUCCCGGCUCCUGGCAGAUGCCCGCGCCGUCCUGGGGGGCCCCAGGGCCCGCAGGAUGCUGGUCAGCUUGGGGAAGCUGAUGCCCAAGCUGAGGGCUGCACGCAGAGCAGACUGGCCUCAGUCGAGUGACCUGCCACAGGAGGGACGGUCCCUGGCCACUGAGAUGCUGGGAACAGUGCUGCAAGGGGAGUCCCUGAGGUCUGUGCUCAGCCAAGCCCAGGAGUCAGUGGAGGCGGCAGAAGACCUGGCCCAGGAGCUCCGGGCGCUGCCCAGCCUGGCAGAGCUGCAGGCGCUGUUGCCAAGACUCCGAGAGACAGAUAGCACCCUGGCGGUGGUGUCAGAAGCCCUCUGCAGUGCCAAGGGGCCCAGUGUCCCUGGGGGGCCCUCCCUCAACUGGUAUGAGGCCAGCGACCUGAAGGAGUGGGUUGGGCAGGAGCCCACCCUUCCCGACAGCAGCCUGAGCCCUGGCUGUGCUGAGCUGAUGGGAGCCCUGGACAAGCACCCACUGUCCCGCCUGCUCUGGAGGCGCCUGAAGCCGCUGGUCCUGGGGAAGCUGCUCUUUGCGCCUGACACACCCUUCACUCGGCAGCUCAUGGCCCAGGUGAACCGGACCUUCCAGGAGUUGGCUCUGCUGAAGGACGUCCAGGAGGCGUGGGGGGUGCUGGGACCCCAGCUCUUCAGCUUCAUGAACGACAGUGCAAAUGUAGCCGCACUGCAGAGGCUUCUGCAAAUUCAAGACCAAGGAAGGGGGCAGUCAGGGCCUGGAGCGGGGCUCCGGGAGGGGGCCCUUCGAGCUUUUCUGGACUCGCGCGCGGGCGGCUACAGCUGGCAGGACGCCUACGCAGAUGUGGAGCAGCUGGUGGGCAUUCUGGGCCGUGCGAUGGAGUGCGUGACUCUGGACAAGCUGGAGGCAGCGCCCUCGGAGGCGGCCCUGGUGGAGCGGGCUCUGGAGCUGCUCGCAGAGCGCCGCUUCUGGGCCGGCGUCGUCUUCCUGGGCCCCGAGGACUCCCCGGACCCGGAGCCUCUCCCAGGCCCGGGCCACGUGCGCAUCAAGAUCCGCAUGGACAUCGACAACGUCGUCAGAACCAACAAGAUCGGAAACAGGUUUUGGGACCCUGGCCCGGCCGCCGACCCCCUGACAGAUAUGCACUAUGUGUGGGGAGGCUUCGUGUACCUGCAGGACCUGCUGGAGAAUGCAGCCGUGCGCGUGCUGAGUGGCAGCGCGCCACGUGCCCGCCUCUACCUGCAGCAGAUGCCCUAUCCGUGCUAUGUGGACGAUGCGUUCCUGCGCGUGCUGAGCCGGUCGCUGCCGCUUUUCCUGACGCUGGCCUGGAUCUACUCGGUGGCGCUGACGGUGAAGGCCGUGGUGCGCGAGAAGGAGACGCGACUGCGCUACACGAUGCGCGCCAUGGGGCUCAGUGGCGCCGUGCUCUGGCUGGGCUGGUUCCUCAGCUGCCUGGGGCCCUUCCUCCUCAGCACCGCGCUGCUCGUGCUGGUGCUCAAGCUCGGGGACAUCCUCCCGUACAGCCACCCGGUGGUGCUCUUUCUGUUCUUGGCUUCCUUCGCCGUGGCCACCGUGGUCCAGAGCUUCUUGCUGAGCGCCUUCUUCUCCCGUGCCAACCUGGCGGCCGCCUGCGGGGGCCUCGCCUACUUCGUGCUCUAUCUGCCUUAUGUGCUGUGCGUGGCCUGGCGGGACCAGCUGCCUGCCGGCGGCCGCGUCGCCGCGAGCCUUCUGUCCCCAGUGGCCUUCGGCUUCGGCUGCGAGAGCCUGGCGCUGCUGGAGGAGCAAGGCGAGGGCGCGCAGUGGCACAACGUGGGCGCCGGGCCGGCGGCUGACGUCUUCAGCCUGGCCCAAGUCUCGGGCCUCCUGCUGCUGGACGCCUUGCUCUAUGGCCUCGCCACCUGGUACCUGGAGGCCGUGUGCCCAGGCCAGUACGGGAUCCCGGAACGGUGGAAUUUUCCCUUUCGAAGGAGCUACUGGUUUGGGCCUAGAGCCCCCAAGGAUCCCGCCCCGCCCCCAGCCCCGCAGGACCCGAAGGCGCUGAUGGAAGAGGCUCCGCCAGGCCUGGUUCCGGGGGUCUCCGUCCGGGGCUUGGAGAAGCGGUUCCCUGGCACCCCCACGCCGGCGCUGCGGGGGCUCAGCCUGGACUUCUACCAGAGCCACAUCACCGCCUUCCUGGGCCACAACGGCGCCGGCAAGACGACCACGCUGUCCAUCCUGAGUGGCCUCUUUCCACCCACCCGCGGCUCGGCCUGUAUCCUGGGUCACGAUGUCCAGUCCAGCAUGGCGUCCAUCCGGCCCCACCUGGGCGUCUGUCCCCAGUACAACGUGCUGUUUGACAUGCUGACGGUGGAUGAGCACAUCUGGUUCUACGGCCGGUUGAAAGGUCUGAGUGUGGCUGCCGUAGGCCCGGAGCAAGACCGUCUGCUGCAGGACGUGGGGCUUGUCCCCAAGCGGCAUGCCCAGACGCGCCACCUGUCCGGUGGGAUGCAGAGGAAGCUCUCGGUGGCCAUCGCCUUUGUGGGUGGCUCCCAAGUCAUUAUCCUGGAUGAGCCUACAGCCGGUGUGGACCCCGCUUCCCGUCGCAACAUUUGGGAGCUGCUGCUCAAAUACCGGGAAGGUCGCACACUGAUCCUUUCCACCCACCACCUGGACGAGGCGGAGCUGUUGGGAGACCGCGUGGCAGUGGUGGCCGGCGGCCGCUUAUGCUGCUGUGGCUCCCCGCUCUUUCUGCGUCGUCACUUGGGAUCUGGCUACUACCUGACACUGGUGAAGGGUCUCCAGCCCCUGGCCACCAGCACAAAGGGUGACACUGAUGUGGAGAACCGCAUGGAUGCCGGCCAGGAAGGAGAGCCAAGCAGCCAGGGCAGCAGGGCCGGUGCACCCCAGGUGCUGGCUGUGGUGCAGUGCCAGGUGCCAGGGGCACAGCUGGUCAAGGAGCUGCCCCACGAGCUGGUGCUGACGCUGCCCUACGAGGGAGCCCUGGACGGCAGCUUCGCCGAGCUCUUCCGUGAGCUGGACCAGCGGCUGGGGGAGCUGGGGCUGGCCGGCUACGGGAUCUCCGACACCAGCCUCGAGGAGAUCUUCCUGAAGGUGGACUGUGCCAUGGACACAGACCCAGAGGGUGCUGCCUCAGACCGUGGCUGCAGGCAGCACCCGUGCACAGGUGUUCCUCACCCAGAUAGGACCACACGGCUCAGGAUCCUGCCAGAAGAGUCAGCCCUGGAGAACGGGGAGCUGGCCGGGUGUGCCCCAGAGACACAGGCCCUGCGGGGCUCCGGGCUGGACAUCGGGGGCCAGGUGCAGGGCUGGGCGCUGACCUGCCAACAGCUGCGGGCCGUGCUGCUUAAGCGCCUUCUGCUUGCCCACCGCAGCCGCCGUGGCCUGUUUGCACAGAUCGUGCUGCCCGCCCUCUUCGUGGGCCUGGCGCUGGCCUUCAGCCUCAUCGUGCCUCCUUUCGGGUACUACCCUGCUCUGCGGCUCAGCCCCAGCCUGUACGGAGACCAGGUGUCCUUCCUCAGUGAGGAUGCCCCCGGGGACCCCGAGCGUGCCCGCCUGCUGGAGGCGCUGCUGGAGGCCGCUGGAUUGGACGACCCCUACCUGCAGAACAGCUCCCACAGGACACCCUCCGUCUGCUGGUUCUCGGUGCCUGAGGUCCCCGCAGAUGUGGCUGAGGUCCUGGCCAAUGGCAACUGGACCCCGGCGUCCCCGUCCCCCGCGUGCCAGUGCAGCCGGGCUGGGGCCCGCCGCCUGCUGCCCGACUGCCCUCCCGCGGCCGGCGGCCCCCCGCCUCCCCAGGUGCGGACCGGCUCGGGCGAAACCGUGCAGAACCUGACGGGCCGGAACCUGUCUGACUUCCUGGUCAAGACCUACCCGCGCCUGGUGCACCAGGGCCUAAAGACCAAGAAAUGGGUGAACGAGGUCAGGUAUGGGGGCUUCUCCCUGGGGAGCCGAGACCCGAGCUUGCCCUCGGGGCACGAGAUGGCUCGCUCGCUGGAGGAGCUGCGUGCCCUGCUCAGCCCCCAGCCCGGCGGGGCCCUGGACCGCCUCCUGAGCAACCUCACGGUGUGGGCUCACGGCCUGGACGCUCAGGACAGCCUCAAGAUCUGGUUCAACAACAAGGGCUGGCACGCCAUGGUGGCCUUUGUCAACCGGGCCAACAACGCGCUCCUGCAUGCCCACCUGCCCCCUGGCCCUGCCAGCCGUGCCUACAGCAUCGUCACGCUCAACCACCCGCUGAACCUCACCAAGGAGCAGCUUUCUGAGGCCACGCUGAUGGCCUCCUCCGUGGACGUGCUCGUCUCCAUCUGUGUGGUCUUUGCCAUGUCCUUCGUCCCGGCCAGCUUCACCCUGGUCCUCAUCGAGGAGCGUGUCACCCGAGCCAAACACCUGCAGCUCAUGAGGGGCCUGCCUGUCACCCUCUACUGGCUGGGCACCUUUCUCUGGGACAUGUGUAACUACUUGGUGCCGGCAUGCAUCGUGGUGCUCAUCUUUCUGGCCUUCCAGCAGAGGGCGUACGCGGCACCUGCCAACCUUCCUGCCCUGUUGCUAUUGCUGCUACUAUACGGCUGGUCGAUCACGCCCCUCAUGUACCCAGCCUCCUUCUUCUUCUCCGUGCCCAGCACGGCCUACGUGGUGCUCACCUGCAUCAACCUCUUCAUCGGCAUCAACUGCAGUAUGGCCACCUUCGUGCUUGAGCUCUUCUCUGAUCAGAAGCUGCAGAAGGUGAGCCGGAUUCUGAAACGAGUCUUCCUUAUCUUCCCCCACUUCUGCCUGGGCCGAGGGCUCAUCGACAUCGUGCGGAACCAGGCCAUGGCUGAUGCCUUCGAGCGCUUCGGAGACGGGCAGUUUCAGUCACCCCUGCGCUGGGAGGUGGUCGGCAAGAACCUCUUGGCCAUGGCGGUACAGGGGCCCCUCUUCCUCCUCUUCACGCUCCUGCUGCAGCACCGUGCCCGCCUCCUGCCACUACCCAAGCUGAAGCUGCUGCCCUCCUUGGGGGAGGAGGAUGAGGACGUGGCCCGGGAGCGAGAACGCAUGGUCCGAGGGGCCACCCAGGGGGAUGUGUUGGUGCUGCGGGACCUGACCAAGGUGUACCCCGGGCAGAAGACACCAGCCGUGGACCGCCUGUGCCUGGGGAUCCCCCCCGGUGAGUGUUUUGGCCUGCUGGGCGUGAACGGAGCAGGGAAGACAUCCACGUUUCGCAUGGUGACUGGGGACACGCUGCCCAGCGCGGGUGAGGCCAUGCUGGCAGGCCACAGCGUGACCCAGGAACCGGCUGCCGCACACCGCCGCAUGGGCUACUGCCCUCAGUCGGACGCCAUCUUCGAGCUGCUGACUGGCCGUGAGCACCUGGAGCUGUUUGCACGCCUGUGCGGAGUCCCGGAGGCCAAGGUUGCCCAGACAGCGACCUUGGGCCUGGCGCACCUGGGACUCUCGCAGUACGCGGACUGGCCCGCGGGCACCUACAGCGGCGGCAACAAGCGGAAGCUGGCAACGGCCCUGGCGCUGGUGGGGGACCCGGCGGUGGUCUUUCUGGAUGAGCCGACCACUGGCAUGGACCCCAGCGCCCGUCGCUUCCUGUGGAACAGCCUCCUGGCCGUGGUGCGGGAGGGCCGCUCCGUGGUGCUCACCUCGCACAGCAUGGAGGAGUGUGAGGCGCUCUGCACGCGCCUGGCCAUCAUGGUGAACGGGCGGUUCCGCUGCCUGGGGAGCGUGCAGCACCUCAAGGGCAGGUUCGGUGCCGGCCACACGCUGACCCUGCGCGUGCCCGCGGCGAGGUCCGAGUCUGCGGCAGCCUUCGUGGCAGCGGCGUUCCCAGGGGCCGAGCUGCGGGAGGCGCACGGCGGCCGCCUGCGCUUCCAGCUGCCACCGGGAGAGGCCUGCAGCCUGGCACGCGUCUUUGGAGAGCUGGCGACGCGCGGGGCGGAGCACGGCGUGGAGGACUUCUCAGUGAGCCAGACCACGCUGGAGGAGGUAUUCCUGUACUUCUCUGAGGAUCAGGGCAAGGACGACGACCAGCGGGAGGCCAGAGCGGGGGCAGACCCUGGGCCAGGCUCCCGGAGCGCCAAACUCGUCACCGGGUUCCCGGAUGACCCCAGUAUGCGGGAAACGGUGCUGUGAGCCUUCCGUGCGGAUCUGGCCUGAGGCCCUGGAAGUGACCGGUGGGCAGAGUGCCGGGUGCUGACCGACUCCCAGGCUCCCAGAGGGGCCGCUGCCCUGCAGGAAAUAAAGGCUCCUGUGAAA